UGCAGGAGCAGCCGACUCAGAUCGUCAACUUCUUCAUCAGAAAUUAUUUUGAGAGAUGAGCGAAAGACAGUUUCCAAGUAUGAUUGCACCUUCCUAUGGAUCAACAUAAGACCCGGAACGAAAAGGAAAGAACAAGGUUCUGAUAAAAUGCAAGGGCGAUUUGGUUAUGUGCUCUCUGACCCCGCCGUCAUAUUGGGAAAGGGUCGGCACUGCGUCGUCAAACUCGCAUCAUCAACGCGUUACCAAACCCCGCGAAAAGUCGCCAUCAAAAUCAACUCGCCGUCGCCUUCAUCAGCUCGAGAGGCCGAGAUCCUAUUCCUACUAAACCACGAGAAUGUCGUGGAGAUCUUGGACUACUUCGUGUUCCAGGACCAUUCCUACAUCGUGCUCGCCCUAGCUGAAAACGGAGACCUUCGGACAUUCGUCAGACAACGGGGACGCCUCGGUGAGGAUUUGGCGCAAAAGAUGUGCCAGCAGAUUUUCGAAGGCGUGGCCUACCUGCACGACACUGCUUCUGUCGCGCACUGUGAUUUGAAAUGCGAGAAUGUGCUCGUCGAUGCGCGGGAAGAUGUGAAGAUCGCCGAUUUUGGACUCGCUGUAGAGAUUGGUCCUGAUGGCGCAUCGAAACCUGGCAGAACACCAAGUUCAACUCACUAUUGCAAUAACCAAAAUGGAGUUUCAGACUCAUCUUCGAGCGGUACGAACUGCUUAUCAUGUACGCCUCAAGGAAUCGCGUCGUUAGGCGGAUCUCCCGCCUAUGCGGCCCCAGAGGUCUUGGACACCCGCGUGACAGACCUACGCGCAGCUGACGUGUGGUCCGCCGGGGUCAUCACAUUCUUUGUCUUCACCGCCUACCUACCAUUCGGGUGCUAUGGAAACAAGAACAUCCGGGAAGCCAUGGACAGAACCCUUCGCUGGCCACGCCCCCUGAAAUUAGUCAAGCAAUGCAAUCGAAAUUUCGUGCAAUCAGUUUUGGUGUUGGAGCCAAGUGAGAGACCAAGCGCCCAAGUUCUGCUUGACAGAUUUCAAGGAAUGCAAUCUUUAACAUCUUAACAACUCACUCUAGAAACAACCAAUUCCUCACGUUUUCUGGUAACCUGAAUGUCGCCAAUGUAGGAUUUUCUGUCAUGUGAAAUAUGAAUAUUUUCUCAAUAGUUUGGUGUGGUUUAUUUGCGCUGGCCGGAUGACCAUAUCCUAAACGGAUUAUGCUGUUGGGUAUCAUGGGUUAUUUCAACUUGGGUGAUGAAAACCUAUUGGUAAUGGUGGUGGUAGAUCGAUUUAUAGCCUACAUUUUGCGAGUGCUAUUGGGAAUAAUGAAAAGGAUGAUGACUUGUAAGUAACUGGUUUCAAGACAUUUGCUCCGGCGACAAUUGCUCCGAUGGAGAAUCUGCACGUUAAGCCAAACAUGAAAUCUAACCACACAAAACUAAGUAAACCCUAAUCCUUGUAUUUACAUUGUUCAUGGGGCCCGUUGCAGAAAGAGUUGCAAUCGAUCGCAA